UGCACCUGUCCAACUCACAGUUUUGGACUGAUUUCCUUCAAACUUUCAGGAUGUCCUAAGUUCACCGAGUUGUAUAACAUAUAUUCCGGUUUUUUUCAUGUCACUGACCUGAGGUCAGUUAGAGGUCAUUACGUCAUAAUGUUAAGCCUAUGGGAAAAUAUUCAAUUCGGAAAAUACUGGCGAUAUCCGCUUCGUUCUAUCACUUUGGUGCUUUCAAACAACAGUACUUAACAUUAUGUCACUUGGUGCUUCUUUGUUUGGUGUACUUAUCCAUGGGUCAGGUCAAAUGAGGUCAACUGAGGUCAAAUGACGUUUGUGCCAAUAACUUGUCACACAAUAAAGAUACAGCUUUCAAAAUGGCAUCGUUCUGUUGCUCUUGAACAGCCGAGUCGAAUGAUAUGCAACAUUAAGCAUUUCGACCACUCUUAAGACUUAAGAUGUACUUAAGAUAUGCUUAACUUUUUAAGUACACUUAAGCAAGCAAACAUGUAUAUCAUUCGACGCGCCUUGACGUGCUGAGUUCACUGGUGCUUUUCUUUUUGCUCUAUCUUAAUUAGAUCAAAAGUUAUAAGCGAAAAACUUUUAGCCUGUUUUUGCAAAAAUUUUACAUUUAUACCCCCCAAAACCCCCCUAAAUAUUGACCUAGAGCAACCAAAUUUGCACAGGGACGAGAUCUCCUAUAGACUCAUCUACCCUGUAAAUUUGGUGUUUCUAAGUGCCAUAGGAGCCAAUCGCCAGGGGGGGGGGGGUCGUACCAACCCCCCCCCUGGCCGUCCGCGUUAUGAAAAAGGCCCUGGCCUGGCGAGGGUUAAAACGUAUUUUGAAACACCAGCCAUUGAAAUGCCAAAAUACUUAUUGUUCUCAGAACGCCACUCGUCAACUUGUUAUCAACAAGUUCAAGAAUAAAAGGCGCGGCGACUCUUCAAAAGAAGUUACCGACCGAAAGCGUCAGCGCCACGGUGUGUGUAAUUAUCUGCCGGAGGAUAAGGAGGAGGACGGUUGUGGCGAUCUGCGCUACAAGAUGCGAAAUGGCAUGCUACACGGAACCGAGCUUGAUGAAGCGAUGUCAAAGACUUUCGCGGACAGGAGGGUCCAGGUGGUGUCCAAGAAAAUCGCCAUCCCCAAGUUGAAGAAGCUGUACCCUGCCCUCUUUCAGGAAAUGGAGAUCUGGGCCGAGCUGGCACGUGUCAGGGGCGGCGGCUCGACCGCAGCCAGUGAGCUCGCCAAGGCGAGAGGGAACUUGACCAGGCUCCUCACCAAGUUUGACAUCUGUGAAACCACCGAUGCUGCGCUGGAGCAUCUGGCUUUCGAGGUGCGAGAAGAGGACAAGAUAUAUUCGCCACCGACACUCGGAGGGCCUAUGGUUCUCUGGGACGAGGCCCUCUGGGUGGAAGGGGAGAAAGUGACAGACCUCACUUUCAACAAGCAGGACCAAUUCCUGACAUGGGGGGCGGGGUUCACUGUGUUCGCACAGAAACCCACACGCAAGGCAACGCAAUGCUUGGCCUACGUGGCCACAGUGAUGCUGCUAAAGACGGACAUGCUGAAGCCCCCUAAGGGGUUUGAGUAUGCGCUGAAGCCCCCUAAGGGGCUUCAGCGCAUACUCAAACACUUAGAUGUGUAAGUUUCGUCCGCGUGAAGCGUACACGACGUGCAGCUGUGUCGAGUGUCGUGGUUACGUCGUAUCGUGUCGUGGUUACGUCAAAAUAAAUGUCAUGUGGCAAAAAAUAA